CGUGCGGACCGAGACGGCCUAGCGCUGCCGGGCAGCGGGCCUGGGGCUCGGUCUUGGGGACUGCUGGGGGGCGGGGGGCGCUGCAGAACCUGGGGCUGGACGCUCCUGGGGAGGCGAGCGGAAGUGACGGCCCUUCCUGCGAGGGUGGGACGGCCUGGAGGGGCCGUGUGCAACCUUGACCCUACGGCUCCUUUCGUCCAGGGCCUCAGAGCCCAGAGGAGACAGCCCCCGGAGGUGCUGGGGACCAAGCGCCCUGGAGAGCUGGAGACAGAGCGCCCAUGGGAUCCACAGAGCGCUUGGAGGUUCUGAGAGCUGGGUGCCUCCUGUGCCUAGAAGUGGGCCGGAGCAGUUGACAGAUGCCCAGUCCCCGCCUGGUAUUGCUGGAUAAUGGCAGCUAAGCGCAGGGCGUCCAGGGCCCAGACCCCUGUGGUCCACGCUGUGACAGAACCAGAGGUGUUCUCCACUGCCAAAGAGGGGAGCUCAGCUGACAGAGCUGACGGGGAAGAUUGCCCCUUGCAGCCGAUGGAUUUCUCCCAGGAGGCCAUACCGAGCCCGGUGGCCUGCAAGGGGCAUCUCUCUCUGCCCAGUGACAGUGAUGCAAAGGGCCCUCAGGAGGCCAUUCAGCCCUGGAGGCCAGGCCAGCUCUGGAUGAAGCUAAAAAGAGGCACCAUGGAUGCUAAGAUGCCGAUCACCCUGGAGGAUGUGGCCGUGAAUUUCACCCCGGAGGAGUGGGACUGUCUGACUGCCAGUCAGAGGCUCCUUCACCAUGAUGUUAUGUCUGAAACCUUCAGGAACCUCUUGUUUGUGGCCAGGGUAUUUGUGCUGAGACGAGAUCUGAUCAUCAAGCCUGAGCAGGAAGAGAGGCAAAGCAGAGCAGAUCUCCAUUCCCCACGAGGAAAAGCCCGCCCUUCAGGUAAGAGUUGUAAAGGAGAGGAGAAGAUGAGGGCCAGCACAGUCCCCGGCAAGGUGAAGACACUUCGGGAGACCAAGCCUAAAGCUUUUCUCACCUCCAGCUUUAGAGGUAUAUUGGGCAGGAAGGGAGGAGGGUCUCGCGCUGAAAGGGAAGCUGUGUUAUCUCUCUCCUGGUGGAUCUUGUCUUAUGCUUCCUCUCUCACUAUGGCAGGCAAGAAGCGGCGACAUCAGCGGAAUCCGAAAGGUGAUGGGGCUGGCGGCAAGAAGGCCCGCCGUGCUCAUAGAGGGCCUGGCCGGGGCCCGCCCUCCACACCUGGCGGGUCCCGGGACAGGAGCCCGGCGUCUCAGGCAGCCUGGCCGGAGCUGCCCUUCUCCUGCUGCACCUGUGGCAAGCGCUUCAGCAGGAGUUCAUACCUCCACAGCCACCAGUUCAUCCACAGCCCCAAGAAGGACAACAGCUGCGACCAGUGUGGGAAGCUGUUCCGGAACCCCAAGGCCCUGAACUACCACUGGCGCACACACCUUGGGGAGCGGCCCUUCUCCUGCUCACUCUGUGACAAGACAUACUGUGAUGCUUCCGGGCUCAGCCGCCACCUCCGCGUGCACCUGGGUUAUCGGCCCCACUCGUGUCCCGUGUGUGGGAAGGCCUUUCGGGACCAGUCAGAGGUCAAGCGUCACCAGAAGAUUCACCAGAAUCAGGAGCCAGCGGCUGGAAACCCUGAGCGUGUUGCCAAGGUUGUGGGCCCCACAGCAAGGUUCCAGGGUCCCAGGUCCCACCAGGGCCUUGGGGAUAGGAACCAUACACCAGUGGCCAGGACCCAGCGCCCUGUGCUUAGCACCGAAGGCCCUAGGGCCCAAACCCAGGCACCGGAACUUAGGUACCAAGCACCUGUGACCAAGAGCCAGGCGCCCAGCACCAGGACAUCCUGCCGGGACAGUAGAGCCAGCUCUCCACCAGCAAAGCCCUCAAGGCCGAGAUGCAAGCUCUUCUCCUGCCCACACUGUCCUGUGACUUUCAGCAAGAGAGCCUGGCUCUCCAGGCACCAGGAGGUGCACCUCGGGGAGCCACUGGCCCGAUGCUUCCACUGCGGCCAGUGCUUCAACUCCGCCUCCCAGCUGGCCCGGCACCAGCAGACCCACUGGAGGCAGAAAGUCUACUGCUGCCCUGUGUGCGACCGCUGCUUCGGGGAGAAGGAGGGGCUGCUGGAUCACUGGAAGGUCUCCAGGGGCAGGCAGCAAUGCCGGCUGGUCCUGGGUCAGCGGCUCGGCUUCUUGCCUGAAACCGCCUCCCCUGUGGCCAGGAAGGAGUGGAGACGCAGAGGAAAUCGAGUGUUUAGGAUCCAUAGCCAUAAGACAGGGGAAGCAAGGGACAAAGCAUGUGGAGAAGAUCAACGAAGGGGGCAGUGAGGGUCCUGACGCAGGAAUAGAGGCCGCUGGCCCAGGUCUUCCCUUGCUGGUUCCCCUGAAGCCUGAGCCUGGUAGGCAGGUGGCCCAGCUGGAGGAUGAAAGGUGAGCAGACAACAAAGGAGUGAGAGAAGUGUGCACAGGGAAACUGGUGUUAUUAUUCAUUAGCACCUAGCUGUUUCUGUGUCUGAUAGACCAUCAAGUAGUAAUUGUUGAAUAAAACUGGGUGCUCUGAUGAAUAUAAAGAUGGGAGGAGAGGCAGGCAGGCAGGCAGGGCGGGAGAGGCAGCAUGCGUGUUUGAGCAGAUGCAGCUGCACUGGGCCUGGUUCCCAGGGCCCUCCCUGCUGGGGCUCAGGGUAGGUCAGGAUGCACCGCAUCUGCGCCUUGCAGUGUGCUCGGCUUGCAGUGAUGUCUGGGUGACCCUGUCUUCUGCUUCUGCCCAGUCAGGGCUGGUGUCUGAGAAACAGCUGCCAGUGCAGUCUCUGUGCUGACAUGCAAGGAGGGUGUUGGUGAGUCCCAGUUUGUGACCGAGACCCUGCAGUCAGUGUCUUCCUCCAGGACCAGCAACCUCUGAGGAGAGAUGGGGACCUGCCUGGCCUCGGGCAGAGGGAGGUGGUGCAGGGUACGAAGAUGUGGGAGAUGUGGGGGGGGGGGGGAAGGAAGGAGAUGACAGGAAGGACGUCGGUUCCACUGGAAUUCCUGGUGUCUGUGCAAGUGCAGGACCCCAAGUGUCCCCGCUGCGGAGAGGACAGAGUGCAGCUGGAUACACA